GUAGUUCAAGUACAGUAUAAAAAGCAUUUUUAUUGUUUUUUUUUGGUAUAAGUUGAUUCUUCUCUUAUGCUUAAAACCCACAAGUUCUUCCAUUAAGUUUUUCUGGCCAUUAACUAAAAAUAUACCCAAAUGAAACACUCGAAUGAUGGACGCGCUGCUUUGGGACCAAUUGAGCCAAGCUACCAGUGUAAUUCAAUGAAAAGGCAUAUUAGAAGCCAUUAAUCUAGCUUCAAGCGUGAAUGAAUUGAUAAUUAAAGCUUUUCCUCGCACUGACGGAGAGUUUUUCGGUUCACAAGCCAAACACUACGCAGCAUAAUAGCUUUAGCUUUUCUCGUGUGUUUUGUGUGCGAUGCGAAAACUCAGGCCCAAUUGACUUUUCCUCAUUUUAUUCCUUUGAUGCGCUCACCCUUUUUCGCAUCAAAAUACAUUUAUAUACUGUAUUUUAUACCAACAACACGUUCCACAUUAGCAUUGAGAAAUUCAUUGGCCACCAUUCAAGAGCCCUUCACGACAAAUCCAUCCCAAAUUGUGUGCGCGUGCAUCAUUCUCUCACAUAUAUAGAGAGCUUUACCAUUGCCGAUGAAAAGAACAGAUCUAUCUUUCACUUGUGUAGAAGCAAAUUUAAGCGUAACCAAGAGAAAAAAAAUAUGCUGACAAAAAUGCAGCCAAAAAGGAAGUUGAAAUGAUGCAGUGAAAUGCAUGUAAAAUGUUCCAAAAAUGCAUAUAAAUCGCUUAAUGUUGGUGCCAUUGAGGAAGUAUUUGAGGAGAAACGGAACACUUUUGAGGUUGAGAAAUUUGUACUUUGUGCAAAAUUAUUGCCAUUAGGAAGAAAAAUGGCAAUGAAAGCUUCUUUUCAUAUGUGGAAAAGUCUCAAAUGGAAUUUGGAAGUCGUAUUUUUCUGUGUGGGGGAGGGGUAAAAGCCUGAGGAACUUGGGGGAGGAGCUUUUGCUCUCUGCGGGAGGACAUUUAAGAAACUUUCAAAAAAGCACAACAUUUCCCUCUCCCUGGAUGAAAAUUUCAAUUAAUUUGCAUUCAUGAUUCCAAUCUUUUGUUAAAAUUUUAUUUAUUCUAAUAAAUUCUUAAUUAAUUCCUCUGAAAGCUUUUGCAAAACUACCUCAACAUCCUGUAUUACCUACAGAGAGUUUAUAUAGUUUUAGAGCUUUUUAAUUAAUUCCACUUCAAUUACCAAUAAAAACUUUCAACAUCUCUGAAAGUUUCCAAAUUAUUUUUUUAAUUUAAUUUUCUUUUUGAAUUUAGCUCUGAAAAUUUCAUUCAAUUUCACCGGGAAAAAAAUUAAAUUAAUUAAAAGAAAAUCUCUGGUGUGAAUUCAAUUUUUCACCAACAUUAAAUAUAAUUAAAUUGUUUUGUGGAAGUUUCAAAAGCUCUGCGAGAAAGCUUCUUCUUGCGUGCAAAUUUCAACCUCUUGGGGGUUCCAUCUCUGGGUGGAAGCGAUAAAAACUAUACACACUAAAUUGCUUUCUCAUCAAUCGAUUGAUGACAAAUUGCGUGGUGGCAAAUGGGCAGGGGUGUGGGGGGAGCUCCAAGGGGCCAGAUACUUCCACACUAUGGAGCUGGCUCGAGGUGUGAAGAGUGGGGGAAGGGGCUAUCAAAUGACGUGGUUCAAAUGCGGUGUUUGCAGAAAGUUUCUCGAUCCCACUGACCGAUAACACCUUGUGCAAAAUGUGGAUGCGCACAUGCAAAAUGGGUUCAUGCGGUUGGGUACAUUGAUAACGAUUUUGCCAGGCAUACACCCGGGUAAUAAAAAUCAUAAUCAACUCGACCCCAUGUUGAGGCUACUCUUUCUACGCACAUACUCACAGCAUUGAUUUAUUUUCUCAGUAAACAAAAAAAUUACACUAGUUGUCCUACAUUACGAAGUUUAAACAGAAAUGAAUUUUUAAAUUGAAUUUUAGACUUGCGGAGAAGUUAAGAAAAACUUUCUUUUGAAUUUUUAAAGCUCUUUUGGGAGGCUUUUGAGAAUAUUAAAAAAAAUAUAGAUUUUAGCACAACAUUUCCCUUUUCCUUAAGGAAACAUGUUAAACGAAAGCUUUUCAGUUCUUUUUUUUUGAACAAAUAUGAAAAAUGAGCUUUUAAAUAAUAAUUCGCAAAUUAUGUUCAGUUGAGAGAGCUUUUGAAGAUUUUUAUGAAAGACAGUUCUGAAAUUUCGAGAAUAUUUUCCAUUCCCUCAAAUUAUUUAAAAUUAUGCUUUUGAGCUUUUCCACGGCUUUAUUAUGAACUUUAAUAUAAAACUUCGUUCAUUCUGUUGGAUUAAGAAACCAAAAAAAAAAGCUUUUGAAGCUUAAUGAAGGAUGCUUUUGCGAAAAUUUGAAAAAUUCUUCUGCACAAGAAAAUUAAUUUUGAUGAAUUGAGCUUUAGAAACUUUUUAACAUAAAACAAUUUCGUAAGAGAUCUUUUAAGUGAAAUUUAGAGCCUCUCUGGGGCUUUGAAAAAACUGGAGAAAAGGCUUUAAGUCGUUCAAAGAUCUAUUCUGAGAGACUUAUAUAUUAUAAUAUUUAAGCAGCACACUUUGCACAACAUUUUCCUUUUCGUAAUUGAAAUUCGUUCAAACAGAGCUUUUAAGCAUUUUAAAUAAAUCAUUAAGUAAAAUUCAGAAAUCUUUCCGGACCAGGAAAUCUUGGAAAAAUCUUUUAAAGUUCUCUAUGAAAGACAUUUUAGGGAGAAUUUAAAAAAUCAUUUUCACAACAUUUCCCUUCCCUUUAAAAUAAAUUUAUUAAAAGUGAGCUUUUAGCUUUUUAGCGUUUAGAACUUUUUGUGAGGUUAAGAAUCUUGAAUGGGCUUUAAAAGCUCUUUAUUUCAGUAUUUUCUUUUCCCAUUUAGCUUUCUAAGCUUAUUUUUACAUUGAAAAAUUCUUUCUUUCAGUUUGCUUGAUAGAAGAAAAUUUAUUUAACAACCUGACUGUUCGUAUUGUAGAGCGUGUAGUGUAAUGGAUUGUGGAGGUCACUCCGCAAUCAAUUCAUUUGACGAAAACACUUCAUUUGAUCAAUUAUCUCCUUUUGAUUUCACCCCACAUGGAGUGAUUAUUGAUUUCCACACGCAUUUCUUCCACACUACGCACCCCCUCAUUAACUAUUCAUCGAUAUACAUAGUCGUUUUUCCCCCAUAAAGAAGCGAAACCCUUAAAAUAAAACCUCUGCAAGGUUUUUUUACGACAAGGGUAGAAAAUUAUUUCAAGUGAAGGCGCCUGGUGAAAAGAAAAACCCUCCUACGUAAAGAAAAAAAUUCCCCUCAAUUUGAAAAUCAUCAAGUGCAAUUUUUACACUGAAAGCUCCCCCCAAUAAAAAAAGCUCAAGUCAUAAAAUUUCCAUCAGCUCCGUGACCAUCUAUUGAGAAACAUUCAAUUUGUUGUCGUCUAUUUGUUUUAUGGUUGAAUUGUGUCUGCUUGUGUUUUUGUGGUCCAGGCACAUGGAAAAAUGUGCUCAGCGAGAGAAUCAACAUAUAGCUACACAGAACCUACUAAAAAUUUCAUCACGUACAUGUAAAAAAUGUGUCUAAAAUCCAAUGAAUUGAGAGAGAAAAAAAAAGCAUAAAAAGUGUAGAGGCAUUGAAGACCUGUUUUUCAAGAUUAAAAUCUUCAAUCUCUAAUCAACACACACCGGGGGAACUUUGGACCCGUGGCGGGGGCUUUUCCACGAAGAAACUGCGGUCUGUGCUGUAUGUAUGUUUUUUUCUGCACACGGAGGAAAACCCAUAUUUAUUGAAAACCGGCGGAAUGCGGCUUAACAAAAUAUGUAGUUCAAGGUUCACGACGCGCGCGGUGUGGCGAACUCUUUAUCAGCACUGAAAGGGAAUUUUGCGGGAAGCGUCACAGCCCGGGGAGCUUUUGCCCCGAUACGGUAUCCAGCAAGGGUAUAAAUCACUUUCACACACCCACCUUAAAUUCUUCUUAUACCGAAAGCUCAUGAGGUGCAAAGAGAGUGAUUUGCAGACGCCAGAGGAAUUUUCAAUGCGAUAUUACACACCUCACGCCAUCAUUGACCUUUCUGGACCCUGGUCAGGGGGUUCACUUCAAUGAUGAUUCUUUUUAUUACUCUGAUUCACUGCCAUGGGAUUUCCCCCCGAAAAACAAGACAUAAAAGCUCGAGGGGAGCUCAAUCGGAGGAUUGAUGAGCCCUCCGCACAGGAAGGUGAUUGAAGGUGUGCUGUGGGGCGGGAAGAAAAAGUUUCGAAGAAACCAAAAAAGCCAAAGCAAAAAAAAGGGGAGAUAAAGUAGGUUGAACUUAAUGAAUUUCAAUGGCUUCAUUGGCUUUUGAGAGCUUUGCUUGUUUCUUAUAGAGAGGGGAGGGAAAUAUAAGUAUAUUGAGCUUUCUACAAGGGGACUAAAUAGCUAUAAAGUAAGUAGAUUUAAUGCUAUGGGAUGAUGACCUAAAUUCGACAUUUUAGGGUUUUUCUAACUUACUAUUUCUUCUAAUUCUAAGAGCAAAAAUUUAAUUAUUAAAAGAAAAACUAGAUUUCUUCUUAAUUAAUUAUUUUUGUAUCUUAUUUUUUCUUUUCUUUUUUAACCCUUUCGCGUUUUUUUUGGGUCAGAAGUUCAUCCAUAAGUGAAACAUUUUAUUUUCACGAAUUUUACUGAAUUAAAAUAUUUUUUAAAGUUGGAAAUGAUCUGAAUUCACGUAAAUAAGACUAAGAAAUCGUUCAGGCUGAAAAAUGUCCUCUAAAAGCUUUUGGAGAGUAAAUAUCGUGAUAAAAAGGCCGUAUGUUUCAUGUGGACGAGAAAGGGUUUAUCAUUACUCUUCUUUUAUCUCUUUAAUGUUUAAUUAAUUUGGAUAGAUGAUUUAGGAAAUAAAUUAUUAAUAAAAUCGAAUAAUCAGAUCCAAGUUAAUUAAUUUUCUUUCCUCGAUUUAAUCAAUUAAUUGAAUCCUUUUAAUAAAACUUCUCCAUGAUUUAUUUGCAGUUUUUACCAGUAAACAAUAUAAAAAAAUUAAUCAACUUAGAACAACGCUAAUAGUUGCCAUGGGUUCAAAUCCACUUUUAAGCAAACAACAUAAUUUUCAUAUUCACGAUGUAAUUUACUAUUUGGGGAUAAAUUGAAUGCAAAGGAAGCAAAAUAAGAAGGAAAAUAUUCUCAAGUUUAUUGAGAGUUUCGUUGGUCAUCUUUUGGCAUCAUUAGUGAGAAAUUAUCGUAAAAUGAAGAUUUAUAGUGUCUCUCCGUCAUGUUUUGGCAAUCUCACAUGCGACAAGUUGAGCCACUUCCUCAUCACAAUUGACCAUGAGAGCAAUUUGGGGAGCAUUUUGGGCCACUUUGUCCCCAGGAUUCCUUCCAUGUUGAUUGUUUUUCCCACUAAAAGCUCUUCCCAGGGCAGGCUAGUUUCGGUACCUACACACACACACGAUGAAGCCCCUUCUGGGCGCGCGUGUUUUGGAGGUAUUUUGGAGUUUAACUUUCCGGCCAAUUAACCAUGACGUUGCCUUUGGAUCGAUGAUGUUCUCGUGCUGUGUUGCCACUAUUUUCGGGGCGUACGAUGUAUGUUUGACUUGAUGCUAUAAAUACAAUUCACCAACGGCCCACAUGACCAUGUGAUUGACUCAGGAUCACGUCACCUGCCCGAUAUUUUGGCAAUUAGUGGCUUUUUUUUCUUGCUGUGUGUGUUCCAUCUCUUCAGAAAAUUUUCUCUUUGCUGCGGAAACGCGUCCAACGACGUCACUGCACGAGACGCCGCAACAAGCUUUUUUAUCAAAAGAUCCGCACAGGAGUGAUGAUUUCUAUUCUGGGGAGGGGGUGUCAUGUGAUGGAGCAAAUGCUAUGUGUGUGCAUGAAAAUUCAACAUGCGAUGACUCACAGAGAAUAAUGCCAAAACUUCUCUCAGUAGUGUUGGCCACAGCAUAAAGUGCGAGGGUGUGAAGGAAAAUCGACUUUUCGGCCGCAUAUGCUGGCCAUCUCUUAAUUUCUAACUCUUGAAAUAUUUAUGUAUGUUAUGUAUGUAUCUUGUCUCUUCUCCUACCCCCAAUAGAAAACAAUUCCCGACGAAACAUCUGUAUUUGGAAAUAAACUAAACACACAGAGAGUGAGAGAGCGAUGUAGUAUGCUACUGGAAGUUUUCGGGAAAUGGAAAUUCCAUGCAGCAAGUGUGCCAGAAAUGUUGGACAAUGGUGCUUGAUUGGCGUUGAGAUUGCCAAAAAAACGCCAUCACCAUGGAAAAUUAAGCACCACCAAUGAUCGUGCAGAAAAUACCAAACUCGAUACAUCUGAAUAAAGUUUAAAAAAAGCAGCAGCAGCGACAAAAAAGCACAAAAUUCAUCCAAAGAAGCAAAAAAAGCUCGUUUUUUCCAGAAUUACUCGCAAAUAGUGGAAAAUUUUACUCAUAGAAGAGAUUUUUUUUUAUUUAAACUUCACUCGUUGAAAUUGAGAGCUUGAAGGAGAGAAAAAGGUGGCAAAAAUUUGAAGAGCUUUCAGUGCAGUAAGGAAACUUUUGAGAACUUUCGCAAAUUAAGUUUGAAUAAAGAAGUUUCCUUUUCAGAGAAGUUUUGGAAUUUCUAUAGUUCUUUAAAAAAAAAAUAGCAGGAAUAAAGGGACGUAGUUAGAAAUCAUAUCAGGGAGGUGUUUUUGUUUUGUUUUUUUAAUUGAAGCAUGUUGAAAAUAGGUGAAAAUAGGUUAAAAAACAUUUUGACAUUUAUUUACAAACGCUUAUUUUUUUACUUUUUUUUAAAUACUUUUUUGACAUUUCUUUUUUCAACAUUUGACGUCUAUCGUUUGAUACGUUUGAAAAACCAUUUUAUAAUAUUUUUAAUAUAAUCUUUAGCAUGAACAUAAUUUCUUUUAACUUAUAAAGAGAAGCGUUAACUUCCUAAACUUCUAGACUUUAGAGGGGUGUUUAAACACCCAAAAACUCUCCCUGGAUACGCCCCUGGCGUAUUGAAUUAAUUUUUUUUUUUCAUGAAUCUCUUUACUUUAAUUAUUGCUUAAUUUUUAUUGCAAACUUAUCGACUUUUAUGAGAAAACAACUGCAGAAAAGAACACGAAAUUUUAAAAAUAAUAAGCCAUGAAAAAGAUUUUUAUCCAAAAUGGGAUUUUUCCCGACUUAAACCUCACAUCUGCCUGUGCUGUAAUACAAAAUUUAUUAACCCGCUAAAUCCCUCGUUGUCUUAUGAAUAAAUUAGUAAAUUCAUGCAGUUUUUCAAUAAAAAUUAUUUAAUAAAAGCUCCGCCAUGAUGGUUAAUGUUGCCCUCAUUAAAACAAAAUGAACUUUCAAACUUUAACAAACUUUUAAUUAAUCAUUUUCCCCGGACCAACAACAAAGUUUGUAAAUAUUUCAAAACAAUUUAUUUUACAGUGUAUGCAAAAAUUUGUGAAUUUACUAAAUCUCUCUGUUUGCUUUGGGGGACGCGGUGAGGGAUUGGCUUAUUGAAAAUCCUACCAAUACCUCAUCGAAAUUCUGUGAAUCCCCGAAUGAUGCAAUUAUUUAGUAUGCAGCUCUGCAUUUCUGGUCAAAAAUCUCCUCUGUCCACGCACAAUGGUGGUGAAUUAAUUGGAAUAAUUUUGGAGUGUGAUUUAUGGUGCUGGAUGCGCCCGCGAGAGAACGAAGAGAGAGAAAAAAAAGAGGCUCGUCUUGUUUGAUUGGAAUAAAUUGAUUUAAAAGGGAAUAUUGGGGCUCUCUGUAAACAACCAAAAAGAUUUUCUAGACCGACAUCGUCGUCGCAAUAAAUUGAUAACAUACAGCCCUCUUCCCGCGGCUCACAUGUCGCAAUGCCACGAUUUGUUGUGCUUGAGAAAUUCGGUCAGAGCUUUCCCUUUGAGUCUUUUGGAAAAUUCCGUGGUGGAACUUUUUCGUCGGGGGAAUGAAGCAAUGAAUGCGCUCAAUGUGUGUGUCCAUUCUGUGAGAAUAUGAAUUUUCUUCAUCAUAAAAUGUUGGAGUUGAAAUUUUGUGAGCAUUCAGUGGGAUUUAUGGGUGCAAUUCUUGUCUCACAGUAAAUUACAGCGCUGCUUCGUGCCCCGAAGAUGUGCUACACGGGUGCGCAAUUAUUUGGUGGAUGGUGCGAUCGUAAAAAAGCGACAAGUUAUUUGACGAUGCGAGUGCUAAAUUCUUCUGUGCUGCGAUGGUCUCUCUGACUUCACCUACGUGAUUUUUCAGCUCAAUCUGCAGUGAAUUGAGUGCAGUUGCGACAGUGUGGUGUUGGGAGUGAUCGUCAAUCUCUUUUAAACUGCGAGGAAAAAAAAAGCUCUCCAACACUUGAGAAUCUGCAAUCAAAACAACCACAAUGGAUUAGCUGAUAAAACACUCUCAAUAAGGCUAUGGUGACUUUCGCAUAUAAGACUCACCUGGAAAUACCUGAAAAUUCUCAAGAGAAUUUCAAGAGAAUCCAAGAAUAGGAGAGAGGUGCGCAAAUAAAUUGAGGAGAAUUGCCAAAGACUCAAUGACUUGACCACAGAUAAUGGAAAAUUUGCGGUCAUUUUGCUUGAAAUAUCCGAAUUAUUGAGUUUCAAAAUUAGGCCGUUAGAAUGCCUGAAAAUAAUUUUAAGAAAAUUAAAAGAUGAAAAGCUAAAGAAGAAAAUUGAAAUUAAAAGAUGAAAAGCUAAAGAAGAAAAUUGAAAUUAGAAGAUUAAAGAAAUUGAAAAAUUAUAUAAAUAAAAAUAAAAGACAGCAGUUAAAGAAGAAAUUCAAUAAAACACAAGAAAGCUCAACGUUAUGUUGUUGAAGCUUUUCAGACUGAUUUUUCAGACAAUUUAAGACAAGAAUUUUAAAAACUCAAAUUUUGUAGCUUAAAUAAUUUAAUUUAUUAGAUUAAUCAUUAAUCCGUUUAAAUUUUUAGCUUAAAAUUUUCUCUCUAUUCUAAUUCCUAAUUUUUCUUUUUAGGAGGUUUUAAUUUAAAUUUCAAUUUUCUUUUAUUUUAUAUUUUUAAUACCUAGUUUUUUAGUUUUGAUUUUCCCACAAGGAGUGUUUAUCUGGUUUAUCUGCCGAGUGUUGUGAAUUUUUUGACGAUUAAUGCGAAGAUUGGUGAAUAAAUCCAAGUAUUUCCGAAGAUCUGAAUGCUUUCAUUCAGAUUAAAGAUUUUUGCUUAAAAGCGAAUUAACUUUUUCCGGCUUGAAGUUAGUACUAUUUAGGCUUUAAUUUGGCAUUUUUAGGCUUAGAUUUAAUACUUCUUCAGCUUUUCUUUAUCUGAACAUUUAAGGGACUAAAACCGAAUAACUCAUUUCAGGUUUUAGUAUUUUUUAAGAUUUCUUUCUUGAUCUAAAAAUUUCUUAAUCUUUUUUAGGCUUAAAUUGAGUAUUUUUAGGCUUAGACUUACUACCUUUUACGGUUAGAUUUACUACUUCUUAAGUUUUCCUUUCUUCAUCUGAAUCUUUAUGAGAUUAGGAUUAUCUACUUAUUUUUUUUUUUUAGAUUUUUUGGCGAAUAAUCCGAAUAUUUUCAUUUAGAUAAACACCCCUUGUUUUCCCAUUUAAUUCUCAAGUUUUUUUAAAAAUUUUUUUUUCUAUUUCUCAAUGUAUUAAGGCUCUGUUUUUAUGGCCAUUUUAUGAUUUUGAUGUAUGAUUUAUCAUUCUUAAAUCGGAUUUUGAAGUUAGAAAUUCUAAAAAGAAUUUUUCUACCUCCUAAAUAUUUUUUUUUAAAUUGAAUUGGGUAAUUAUUUAAAUUUUUUAAUUUAAAAUUCUUUAAAGGUUUUUAUAUGUAUAUUUUGCUAAAAUCUUUAAAAAAUCAAUAAUUUUUAUAUAUUAAUUCUAUCGAUCAUUUACUUUCAAAAUCUCCCUUGUAUGCCCUCCAAGUAGGGCAAUGUAGUAGUUGUAGUAAGUUUAUUCAUCUCAUUGUAAUGUAGAACAUAAAUCUCACCUCGCUGUGCUAUGUACUUUGUGUUCAAAAACUCCUCAUGAAAAAUUCCUUCAACAGAGAAGAAAAGCUCCGUGCAGAGCUUUAUCUUACCACCAAAUUUAUUUCCAUCUUCCAACUUAAAUAUUUCAUCCAAAAUUCUCACCAAGAAUUCUCACCAAAGUAUGGUUCCGGUCAGAAGCCCACCACCCUUCAACCCUUGAACUUUAAACCAACUUUCAACCCCUAUUCACUGGGAGAUUUAUCCCAAAAUCGUUGAUGCGUCACUAGAGAAGAUGGGCGACGUUGUAGGGCUGCCUCAACCCCAUUAUGUUAACCCUGGUUGGGUGGAGGUGGUACUCACGCGGCCAUCCAUUUGGGGUGUUGUGCAUCACGUGCCCGAGAAUUUUGGGUCUGGCUGCGUGUCACCAUGGCAACAGUGGAGACAUCAACCGGAGGCGCGUCAAAUUAUCGCUGCAAAAACGCGCGGCUCCCUCUGAUAACUCGGCGUCCCCACUGCUGAUAGCCCAUAUCGCAUGUAUUUAGCUCUUCCCACCCAAAUGCUCUUUUUACGGGAGCCAUGGGGGGUCAUCUGCGAAAAAGUUUUAUCACCUCAAAAAUGCACAAAAAAAACAACAUUUGGGAGCAUUUUCUGCGGUGUGCUAUGUAGCUUCAGAAAAGCUCUCUGGGGCAUAGAAAUCUCUCCGUAGUUUCUUUUUGCGCGCGCGGGAAGUUUGAGGUGGAAGCCAUUCACGUGAAAAUACAACGUGACUCGGUCGUAGACGCCAAGGGGAGGAAAACUAGUUAAAAUGGAAGCAAGAGGUGUAAUUGUCCUUGUGAGCUUUUGCUGUAUUUCAAUGUAAAAUUAUACAAAAGAAUAUUAUUCUUUAUCUUCUUUUCAUUCGAUUGAUAAAUAAAUAUGAUUUUAUUUAAUUAAAAUUAGUAGUUAAUGUUCUAAAAUAAUUUCAAAAGACAUUUUGAGAGCACUUAGCAGCCCCCUAGGGCGCCGGCGGUGCUGGUAAAAUGAGUUGGUGUGGUGGCUCCACAACAUAUAAUAGUGGAUCAUGGAAAAUACCUACAAUAUAUGUAGUAUGUGGUGAUGGGAUGGAGGCAAUUUUCCCUCCAUCAGUCCCCCAUACACAAAGCGGAUAGAGAGCGCACUGGCACAAUGAACUGAAUUGACGGGAUGCAUAAAAGAUCUGGGAUUGAUUACAAAUUCCAAUGGGACGCAUUGACUUGCGUCGUGUGCCUUCCCAUGCGCCACAGCUUGCCGCGGGGACGGACGCGAGGCUACCACGGACGUCGCCACGUGAGUAUUUCGCAUCUUACCUGGCAGUCGUGCCUCCGUCCACGUGAGGUGGCUCCACCCCGUGUUCUGGACACGUCUCCUCGCAUCUGCCCCACAUUUCGAACGCCUCUCCCGCAGCCGGCAAUAACAAACAAAUCGCACAGUUUCAUUCCGGACGCCACACCAGUGAGUCCUACGCCACCACCUCAACAUUCGUGUUUGAUCCUGUGAACCACUUAGCUCCCUCUAAAAGAAGGAUACAAUCCUACAUACAGUUUUUCAUUCUUCUCGCGUGUGUGGAAAUUCUGACAGUGAAAAAUCUCAUCUUUGUGGCUUUUUUUUUGCUAAAUCCUUUUUCAGAAAAACUUUCUGGCAUUCGCCAAAGGACUAGCCAUCCGUGAAAAGUGUCCCAAAGGAGACAUUCGUAUGAAAAGUUUGUGCAAAAGUAAUUUUAUUAAGUGCAAAGCAUUCAAAAGUGUCAGAGAUUUUAAAUAAGUAAGGCUCCAGAUUUCUCAGAGAGAGAGAAGUAUUUUCCAGGAUAUUUUUCAAUUUUUUUAUUCUUUCUGGCAAGCUGGCAAAAGUUUGGAAAAUUCUUACAAAUUCUUGUAAAGUAGAAUGGAAAAAAAGUUCAACAAAGGGGACAUUCAUUGAGGGAAAAUAUUGUUUCUAAAAAGCCUUUAGGUAUAUGGGUUUUUUUUUUCUAAACCUAAAUGAAAUAUUUCUUGAAAAGCUCUUUUAAAAAAGUCUUAGAGGCAGUUUCAACAUUUUUUUAGUUUUUUAGUUAAAAUAUCUUCUUAAAAAAUAUUCGAAACUUUUUUCUUGGUCAAAGUUAAGCCUCAAGAAAAAUAAAAAAUAUAAAAAAUCAUAAUAAUAACUUAAAUUUUUUAAAUUUAAUAACUAAUUUUAUUCAAGCAAGAAAAAGCAGGACCAAAAAACAAUUUUAUUUCAUGUUUAUUUAUAAAAGAAUUUCUUUAAAUUAUUUCUAAAAAUUCAUUUAUCGUUUGGUAAAAAAAAAAUCAUAGAUGAAUGUCCCUUUGAACUUUUCUUUGUUUAAUAUUUAACUCUAUACAUUUUAAAAUGCUUUGUUUAAAGCUUACGAGUAAUCCAGAAAAUUAAAAAUUAAGCCCAAAACUCCUUAAAAAUUAUUAAAUCUGAAAAAAAUCUUCAAAAAUUUUACUAAAAUCUGAUAAAUCUUCUCUUGAAUUUUUUUUAAAUCUCAGGAGCUUACUUCUCGCACUUUGUUUUAAAGUUUUCUUUAGGGAUCGUGCAAUAAAAACAACCUACUAAACAUUUUUAUAAAUAUUAAAAAAGCUUAAAAAUAUAUGUAGAACAUUGAGUGCUGUGAGAACUUUCUAAAGAAGUGGACAAAUUGAGAAGAAUCUGCCGAGAAAAAAGCUCAGCUUGCAAUUUUUCAGAGUGUUUGGUGAAGAUUUUAAACUUUGGCUGCUGCUGUGAGAAGUUUUUUACCCUUUGCGUGUGUCUUGUUCUUGGAAAUUUGAGCAGAAAAAUUGAUCCAUCAAGACCAAGGGUGAGAGAGAGAAGAAGGAGUUUGAAGAUGCUGACAAACUUUCCUUGUGCUGAUGUAUUAAAAAACGUGGAAGUUUUGAGAAUUUCCGUGAAACGCUAAGAAAGUCAAGGAGAAAAAGGAAGUUUGCUGAGAGUAAGAAAGGACGUUGCAAGAGGAAGGAGGAGAGACAAACUUAAGGGAUUGCAAAGUGUUUUGCGGCAGAAUGAAAUCCCGCAUGGAUGAGGCAAAGACAUUCUACCAUCCAGCUCCUGCCACGGGUGGGUACUUUCAUCAACAAGCGCCCAUGGGGAGCAAUCAAGGGUGGCCAAUGAUGGCAGGAGAGGCAGUUGCAAUGGUGCAGCAGACACAGGGACAAUUUUCGGGGCAGAAAAUGCCAUGGAGCUUCCCACAGAGUACCCAAACGGUGCCACCGAGCUUCCCAGGGCGUCCGUAUGAGCACUAUGGGUACAUUGCGGGCUCACAGGCGGCCCCAUCUGUGCCUCAUGACAAUCUGAGCCACCAACCGCCCAAGCGCUACCUGUCGCUCUCAGGUUUGUGUUUACGAUUUUUCUCUCAUUGCUGGAAUACUCCGCGGCUAAUAAAAAGCCCCCAUAACUCUGCACAAGUUCCACAAGCUGAAAGUUUUUUCUUUAUUCCACCGUUUUGGUGAACUUUACGCCAAUUUUACGUUAUUCCCAACAUCCAGAAAAGCUCUCAAAGUCCUCCCACAGGUCACGUUUCCCGCCAUAUGAUCCCCCUCUUUCCAUUCUUCCAAGAAUCCUUUCCAUUUCCCUUCCUUCUAAACGGAAGGAUUUCCUUGGUUUCCAUCAAUAAUCCUUUUUUACUCUUGUUGAGAUUAAAUUGCCUGUGAGCCGUGGGAGGAAAGAGAGCGAGGAUGGUGGAAAUUUGAUGAGAUUGAAGUGAAAGAAAAUGGAAAACUUAUAAAUUCAUAUUUUCACACGCAUUGCGAUAUGAAUCUCCCGAAGAAGCCACUUAGGGCGAUUAGAUUGGAAAAUGUUUAUCAUUUUCGGGCAGCAUUAUCGCAAUUUCAUUUCAUUUUCUCCACCUACGAUGAUAAGGUGCCAGGUUAACCCUUUAGUGCUGCGUAGGAAUUUUAGUUGAAAAUAUUUUUGAAUACAAAUAUUCUUUGCAACACAGAACACUUAAAGAAAAACUUUAUGGGAAAAUUUCAAAGAUUUUCUUUCAAAUUCUCAAAAUUAAAAAGAAAAUAUUUGAAUUCUCUUCGACCACUUGCCCACAGAAGGGUUAACGGAGAAAAAUCUCACCUUAUAGCGAGGGAAAUGAUUUACCAUAUUUUCUCAAUAUUCUGCAUUACUCCUCUACCUCCUACCCUCCCCCAAUACCCCCUGUGUGGGUGUUUGCAUGCGUGAGUUCGCAGAAGAUGGAUCUGUGGAAAUAAACAUGAAUUUGCACUUUUAUCUUAUUUAUCAAGCGAAAAAAAAAUGGAAAAAUCAUUUUCCUCUUCUGCAGGAACUUUGAAAAAUUACAUUUAAAUAUGAGAAAAAUACUUUUUUGGCGUGAGAAGUGUGGCAGAAUAUUGGGUUGAAUUUAACUUAAAUAUGAGACCAGCCGUGUGAAGCUGCGAAUUCUGAUAGAAAAAUAAAUGGCAAAAAAAAGAAUCAUCUUCUCACACAAAAAACUUAAACGGAAAAAAUGAUUUGCGGGCUUUUUGAAAGAAAAAUCUCUUGAGACGCGCGCGCGUCUGUGUUAAUCCCGCCGUGAAACUUUCGUUUUCAUUUGAAACUCUUUUUUUCGCACUUUGGAGCAAAAGUGAAAUUUUUAUCGAUAAUUCAUUAGGCUGGUGGAGCCACAAAAAACACCCAAAAAGCAAGCGAAUAAAAAAAGUCGUCUUGGCGAUGCGGAAGGGGCCGCGGAGUGGUGGGCCCCACGGUGUGUCCGAAAAUGUAUACAAGAGAAUGCAAAGAAGCAAAAGAUUGUAGCGAUGGGCUCGCGUGGUCUCCGUGGUAGACGCUGAGGAAGUCCAUGGGUUUUUUUUUCUUCUUGUUGUUGUUACAAGAUGAGUGUGUGAUGUAUGAAUAAUGGGUAUUGUUGCUCAGUCACAUGGGAAUUUUACCUUCCUCCCCCGUUAAAGGAAAAAAGAAAAAGAAAUGCAUAUCCAGAUAAUUGAAUUAAGAUUGAAAUUUCGUCGCACAUUCGUCAAAUUAUCUCUUAAAGUUUUUUUUUUGGAUUUUUUUUCCUUUAAUUUACAAAGAAUUGCAAAGUGUGGACUUGAGGGAACUUUUAUAUGGUUUCAGGUUGUUGUUGAAAGUAAAAUGAUUUACAAAAAAGCUGCGAAAAAAGGUGAAAAGUGAGAAAAUUUAUAGAUACAAGUUUAUUUGGAAAAUGUUCAGGAGAAACUUUUAGAAUUUUUUUUAAAACGAUCUUUGCAAUUUUUAUAGAUUUUUUAAAAUUAAUAAAUUACUAGAGGAGCAUUACUCUUAAAUUGAAUAUUCUGUAAUUGAUUUUUUUUUAAAAAGAUUAGGAUUUUGCUUUGAAAAUCAUUGUUUUGUUUUAACCCUUUCAGGUCCGCGAUCAAUCUUGGUAAUAAACAGAAAACAAAGAUUUUCUUUAAUUUAAAAAUGCUUUUUUAUGGGGCUCUUGGACUUGUUUAAAACAUUCUUCUCUAAUCAAUAAUUAACACAAAAAAGCAAAAAAAGUAUUUUUUAAAUGAAUCUUAUUACAUCAGAAAAAAAUCUGAAAAUAAAAUAAAUUAGGUUCAACUAAUGUUUCAAUUUAAUUAAUUCAGUUUUUAAUUUGAAAAGAAAAGUUUUUCUUUUAAUUAAUAAAAGAAGUUCUCUUAUCAAAUUAAAGAACUUUCUUGCAAGUCGAAUGCUGAACUCUCUUUAAUCUCAAUUGAAUUUGUAGAUAAAUUAAUUUUCUUACUUAGAAGGUGUUCAUUCAUCUUUAUACGGCAAAAAUUCUUCAUUAGAGGAAUUAAACUAGGGUAAUAAAGAUUAAGAAAUCGUGCAAGACUUUUCUCUUUUUCCAUAGGGAUUCGUUGGGUAACACAGAAGAAAAUUACCAAAAAAAAACGCAAAUAGUGACGUCACUUUUAUGAUUUUUUUUUAAAUUUUUUUUUCAGUUCAUGAAAUGUAGAAAUACUUUGUAUAAGAAUCAUCAAUGAAGCUUUAACAUAAAAGCUUCAUGAAUUAAACAGAUAAAAAUACAAUAGUGACGUCAUUGUUUGUAUUUUUGGGCAAAUCUUUGCCGGCAUACCCCAGUUAAUGUCAGUGGAAAAUUAAAAGUUUUUUUGGUGAUUUCUUCUUUUUUGGUACUCUACAUGAAUAUUCGAAUACUUUUAUUAUUUAAUCCAAUUAGGAGUUUUCUAAGACAGAGAUGAAUAAACUCCUUUAUGAUUCGUACUUCCUUCUUAGAAAAAUUUCUUCUAAACUGAACCUUUAAUUUUGAUUUUGAGUGAUGAAAGAAAGAUGAUUGAAAGGUUAACAAGGCAUGGAAGGAAUGGAAAGAAAUGAUUACAAAACCAACAGAUAGCCCCUAAUUUAGUAGCUGGUACUACCUACCUAAUCAGAUGAUCACAUAGAAUAUAUUAUAUCGGUUGAUCACUGAUGUGAGUGCCUCACUAAUUGCCCUUCUAUAUACUUACCUACCUACCUAUAUAUUUUACAUAAUCCAAAAAGAAUUGUGUGUGACUUUUCGUGGGAUUUGUGAGGUGAAUACACAUUAAUUACCCUCCUUGUAAAAAUGCAUACAAUAUUGGUGAAGACAGUAUAGAGAAGGUUUUUUAAUAGAAGAGAUGAAAAAAAAAAAAGUUGAAGAAAAGAAAAAAUAUAUAUUCGUGCAAUUAAUCGUGAUGUUGCGCAACUUGUGACGAUCCGUGAUUCACGGAGAAAGAGAGACAUAUCUAUCUAAUAAAUAAAUAUGUGGAUGCGAAGAAAAGCUCCCAGGGGGUGGUGGGAGGUGUGUGUGUAAUUUCGUAGAAGAAGAAAAACAACGAAGGUGGUGUUCAAAACGUACUGAACUAGUGUCCUACUUCUCUCCUUCCUCAUUCGCAUUGCAUUUCUUCCAACACUUUUAAUCGUCUUCGUUUCGUGCUCCCGCGCGCCCCUAAAGGUGCUACAUAUGUAUAUAUUAUUUGCAGCAGCAUUACAAACUAAUGGAGCAGAGCACACUCAUAUAUAUAUUUCAUAGCAUAAAUAUGUAUAUAAGCUGAAGAUUGUCUGCAUUGUAAUUUCCUUCUCUUCACAAACUUCUUCUUUAUGCCAUUUUCUGCACCAAAAUGAUUGCGAGCUUUUGGUGUGCGCGCAAGUACCACCACCAGUGCAAAAGAGCUGUAUGCAUGGUGUUAUGGGUUGGUGAAGAGUGAGAGUUCACUUUCGAUUUCAUUUCAAAAUUUUCUUACCGCGAAGAGAUGGCAAAAAAGUGCACCGUGAUGGGGGAAGGAAGAGAAUUGUGUAGUGUGUUGGAAUUUAUGGGCUGAAUUGAAGCUCAACAGUGAGAAAAGAGUCGAAGAAAGAUGUUGAGUGCUCACGAGAAAGCCUCAGCAAGACUUCUUUCCUUCCAUACAAAUAGUAGGGGGGGAUCGUACGACCGAGGGGACAUACAUGUUUUUGUAUACAUUAUUGUAUGGGCAAGAGGGGACAGUCUAUGUUGAAAAUAUAUUGGAAAAAAAGUAUAAUUUUGAGGGGUUUUGUAUUGAAUUUCGAUUCAAAUAUUGUUAUGAAAAUUAAGGUAAUAUUGAACCUUUAAAUACUGAAGAUCAAAAUUUUAAAUAAGUUUUAUCUUAUGCUAAGGGGGCUAAAUAGGUCCAUAAAAGUCUUAAAAGGAAGUAAAACCCAAAUAAUAAAUUCAAUAAACGAAAGAAUAUUUUAAAAGUUGCUGAAAAUAUAAUUUUUUCAUUUUUUCUUUUGCUGAAUAUAUUUUUGUCCUAAAAUUCUAUUUUGCUGGAUCUUAAAUUUUGCUGAUUUUAUUCAGACAAAAUUCUUAAAAAUCGCUGAAAUUCUUAAAGUCCGCAGGAAGCUUUCAAGGCUACAAAGAUUAUUAAAAUGUUUUUUUUUAGCAAAAAUUAAUGUUUUGUUAACUUUUAGGAAAAAUUAGAGCAAAGAAUACUAAAUAAAUUGUAUUCAGCGUAAUUUUAGCUAAACUUACCUUAAAAAUUAAGCUUGCUGAAUACAAUGACUAGAAAUAGUAAUUUAUAAAGGAUUAACAAAAAAAGUUAACAAAUUAACUUGAAUAUAAAAUUUUUUUGAGAAUUUGUUUUUGUUCUGAACUAUGACUUAAUUUGAUAUUCAACGCACAACGCUGAAAUGCUCUUAAUUUAACAUAGAAAAUGUCUUAAUUUGUAAUUUAAUUCAGCAAAAUUGUGAGCUUUAGGUGACUGUUGAAAAAAAAAACCUUUAAUUUGAGAAUAAAAUUGAGCAUAAAUUUCAGCAUUAUCAGCUUUAUCAGCACUUACAAUCAAUGUGCUGAAUAUAGCUAAAAUUAUUUGAAAAAUUAAACUCAAGGAAUUCCUUAAACUUAAAAGAAAUCAAAAUUAAACUAAUUCUUUUAGCAUCUGUUCUAUUCUUAUUCUUAUGCUCAAAGAGUAUAAAACAGAUUAUAUUUCUCCUUAUCUGACGCAAAUCAUAAUAAUUUAAUUAUUUUAUUAAUGUUGCGACCAGAUGCGAAACGAGUUUUAUAAUAAUUAUUUCAAUUGAGCAUUAUUAAUUUGAAUUAAUUUACCUCAAAUUAAAAUUUCAUUAAUUUCUUCUAUUUAACUGCUGCUAAGUGGAGUAAAUAGGAACAUCAAAAACGUCUGCUGUGAUUCUUUUUAAUACUGUUCUAUUCACCCUGUUAUAACUGUCUAAAUAAAUUGACGAUCUUGGAAAGAAUUUUAAUCUUUUUCAAUCUCUCUUCAGUCUUCAAUCAUCUUCAAUCUUUUCUUGCCAUAUUUUGUCAACUUCCAAGUUGACUUUUUCUCCAAGAUACUCACACUGAAAAUGCCACACAAUAUAUAUGCGAGUGACUUGGCAUUUUCCCCGCAGAAUCUCCAAUUCAGCAAGAUCAUCGCUAUCACACAACGCAAGCAGCAGCGUAUAAAUAUAGAAAAAAUAUCUCUCUGAGCGAUUGUCAAGGUAAUAAAAUUCUUAAGACAAAUACUUUUGCGAAAAGCUCUCCAAAAAAGCUCUUUUUGCUGGGCGCGAGGUUUUGGGCGGAAAAACAGGGCUCACGUGUUUGAAUAUUUUUGCCCCUUUGUAUGAUUUAUGUGACCCCCUGGCCCCUGUGUGUUGGGACCCCAAAAAAAGAGUCACAGUGAAUACUGAAAGAAAUGCUCGUUGCCGGCGUUUUUCGCAUUUGUUCAACACAUACAUAGCUGGAAGUGCUUUUCCCGCGUAUAUACAUGGGGGGAUUUAAGUUGCCCCGCGUGUGUGUGUGUGUGGGUACAUGUGUGUAUAUGCUCACCUGGAGAGACUCUUAUUUACCUUUCGGACAAACGGUGGGGCAUCCCGAGGUGGGGGGCACCGUGGGGCGCUAGCGGAAGGUAGCUGUGUGCGCGAAGAUAUCGCGAACGCGGAACACAGAGAAGCCCCAUCGUUCAUUUUCGUUGCAAUUCGCGGGCAGGUUAGAUGUGAGUUUUUGGUUACCUUCUUGUGCGUGUGUCGCCAAAAAAAAAUUUCUUAUCAAUCUCUUCAAUAUACCUGUGUGACGAGAGAAGAAGAAAAAAUCGCCCUUAUCGGGGAGAGAGACUUUUUUUCUUCAAACUUUUUCUUCUGAAAAAAUUUUGUGUGUGAAUUUGAAUGAAAAUUUUCUUUUGAAUAUCAAUAAAGGAGAAAAAUCGGAAAAACUUGGAAGUGUACUCAAAAGGCGGAUGUGUGACUGUUUCCUUCAGUGUGAUUUGAGACUUUACAUAGUGGAUUCUUUACCUGUUUGAACGCCUAGUGGUUGGUACAAUAGGUGUGAAGAUCUCCGAUGAGAUCACAAAUACCAGGGAGAACGUUUGAAAAAUUUUGCGCGAGUGAUUGGAUGCUGUGAGAAAAAUUGUGUAUAUGCGAUGUUCUGAAUGGGAGAUUUUUUUUUACAUACAUACAUGUACCUGUGAAAAAGAACAACACAACAAUACCCAUCCCCAAGCAUUGACUAUCAAUUUGCAACGCAUGGAGUAGCACGUAGAAGGUCGAACUCUUUAUGUGGAGUAAUGUUAUUGGUGACAGAUCCAUUUGGUGUCUCUCUGGACAAAAUUGUGCCAAAAAUUAUCCUGGAAUUCCUUCGUGUUCGACGAUUUCUACGUAUUUUGUGACACGGUGUAGGUGGUAGAAACAUUACACAGUAGCCCCACAAAUACUCCACGCACAGUCAGAGAAGAAAUUUUUGAAGAAAAAAAACAUCCCGGGAAAUUUUGGGACUUUAAAUGGGCGACACAAGGGUCGCCAUUCAUGUGAAAAGACCUACCAUAGCAAAGAGUAUCCCUUUUGUCCAUCCACCCCCCAUUGAGAUCGCGUGUGGACUUCCGCGCGCGCAGCGAAAGUGAAAGUGUCGUGUGAUUUGGUGAAGUGAACGUGAAAACUCCCGAAAAAAAAGUUUUUUUUUUCCAACCAACACACUCUCGUCACAAAGCAACUCCCCCGAGAAAAAAAAUGGAUUACCAGUUACCGCAGCAAAUGCCCAUUGGACCCCCAACCCCAGCUCCGAGUCCCCAUAUUCAGAUCAUGCAGAACUCCCCGCAGAUACUGCCGUCGAUGCAACCCCCGAAUUCACUGCCAAACAUGCCCCUUCAGGUGAUCCAUUUGCCCCAUAUGAAUCCCCCGAAUGGAGCACAAAAUGGUGGGGGUGCAUCGCAGCAGCACAACUCCCAGAAUUUGCCACCCCCAUCGCAGAUCCUCCAGGUGCAUCAUCAGACAAAUGGGACUAAUGGCACGCCAAAUGGGCAAACACCAAAUGGAGGGCCCAACGGAGGGAUGAAUGGGAAUAAUGGGGCUAAUGGGGUAAACGGUGAAGAAGGCAACAGAUGGACACAGUUUCAGGUUCAGCAACUAUGGCGACAUCAUGCAUAUCUCAAUGGUAAAUCGGGCAACAGCAAAGACAUCUGCGGCGAUGACAAACACAAAGAGGAUGGGGAUCCGUGGAAUGUGGAAGCUCAAGCUGCAUUUCUGGGGCCCAAUUUGUGGGACAAAACCCUCCCCUAUGAUGCCGACCUCAAGGUACACCAAUACGUGGACUUGGAUGAAUUCCUGUCGGAGAACAAUAUUCCAGUGGACGGCCUACCGGGUGGGCAUUUGGGCCACAGCAAUGGUCUCGGCCACAGAUCCGACUCCCUGGGUCACAGUGCGGGUCUCUCACUUGGCCUCAGUCAGGUGACCACGAAGCGCGAGCGCUCACCCUCACCCUCCGACUGUGUCAGUCCGGACACGAUGAACCCCCCAUCGCCGGCGGAAUCAAUUUUCGAUGUUGCAGCCUUUUCAUUUGCAUCAUCUGGUAGAGAUUUUGAUCCACGUACACGCGCGUUUUCAGAUGAGGAGCUCAAACCACAACCAAUGAUCAAAAAAUCUAGGAAGCAAUUUGUUCCAGAAGAGCUGAAAGAUGACAAGUACUGGGCACGCCGACGAAAGAACAACAUUGCCGCGAAGCGUUCGAGGGACGCCCGGCGACAGAAGGAGAAUCAAAUAGCCAUGAGGGCGAGAUACCUGGAAAAAGAGAAUAUGAGUUUACAGCAAGAAGUUGAUCAGCUACGACAGGAGAACCUGGAGCUUCGUUCUCGCCUCUCAAAAUAUCAAGAAGUGUAAUUAAUCCAAGACUUUUUAAGAAGAAGAAAAAAUCCAUCACACCCCCACACACACACAUCUUGUUUCAUCACAUUGGACACACUUUUUUUUGGCCACACGGGCGCUCCAGCCCACAGCUGGGGCGAAGACUAAAAGCACGCGCCAAAAGCUUCUGGGAAGGAGCUUUGAGGAGUCCAUUGAUGCGGGUUUUUUGCGGCAAGAAAAACAGCAUAAGCCCCCAUCUUGUGGGCACACCAUGAGCAACGACAAAAAAUGAGAGAAAAACCUAGUUUAAUUGUCAUUUAAUUUCAUUGGAUUUAGUGGAUAAACUCGUUUAAUUAAUCAUGAUUUAAUUUCUAAGGCUAAACUUGUUAGUGACGGUGAUGUGUCGAUGAAAUUUUCUUCUCGAACGCCAUUCAAGUUGGCCCAAUCCAGGCUAUACACUAUGCCCUGGAAAAGCCUAAAGAAAAACGGUUGGAAUACCAAAAGCCACUGCCGAUUAGAAGAAGUUCCUCUGGGAACGAUGGGGGAGGGAAAAUUGUAAAAAGAAAAAAAAUUGGGGGAUAUUCAUGUGAAAUUUUUAAUCACAAAUCACGUCGAAUAUUAAUUAGGAUGAAGUAUUUUAAGAGCCGAAAAUAAACCACCUUUAAGACAACAACAAAACCAACUUGAAUGCGUCGAAGUUGUGAAGAAGUUAGAUGAAAAAAAUCUUUAGCUGUUUUUCUUUCUCAGCCGAUCAAACACACAGGAAAAGAAAAAUCUCUGAGAGAUGAUUAAAAAAUCCCAUUUAAUUUGCACGCCGUAAUGAGGAAUAAUGAGAAAAUAAGUAAAGUUCUGUGCACAGUAAUGAUGAUGGCUUAAAGUUCUUGAAUUAAAUUUUUAUUUCCUCAUUUUCUUUGGCUCAAGAUGUUUCAGCAAAAAUUAAUUUAAAAUGAAAAUUAGAAAAAUCCUCAAAUGGUUAAUUGAAAAAAUAAAUCAAGAGAAAGAAAUCCAGCAAAGGUUCUCUCCUUAGGAAAAAAAAGGCAGCAAAAGUUGACUGAUGUUAAACAAAAAAACUAAUUAAAUGAGAAGCAAUCAGUCAGAGUUUAUUUUGUAAUGAAAAAAAAAAUGUUGUUAAUUCUUUUUGAUAAAUGCGUUUUUGGGUGAAAGUGCGCGAAAAAACCACCUGGAAAAUGGAAUAUGAAAUCCUGAGAGGAUGGAAAAUUCUCAAAGAUCUCUGUUGAUUCGCAAAAACGAUCAUAGGAAUAGUUAAAAUCAUAAUUUUUUGUACCAUUUUUUUAGAAUCUAAUUGAGAAGCUUUAUAACCAUGAAAAAAAAGUUUGUAUGAUAUUUUUUUUUUUUUCAAUUGGUCUCCAUGCUGUUUGUAUUUUUGUUUUAAUUAAUCAUUAACCCUCGUGCGCAUUUGGGGUUGAACCCUCUCUUGAAGAGAAAGGAUAAUCCAAGGAAUUUUGUGCUUGAUCUUGUACGGAUCAGUGAGGCUCAUUAAACGGAAUAAAUUCAAAAGAAUGGGGUUUAAUUUAAAUGUGCACGAGGUGUAAAAGUUCACGUGCAAGGCUUUAACUGCAGAAAUUAGGGAUUUUUUUAAACACUAAACUUCUGUCCUAAUAUUUCUAAAGAUUUCUAGAAUAUUUACAAAGAUUUUUAUUGAUUUAACAAAAUAUUUGAAUUAGUUUUUCUUUCGGAACUAAUGUAAAAUCUAUUGAUCGGGAGUUAACCUCUUAAAAACAGGCCUUCAAAUACUCCCUCCGAAAAGCGACUAUUAUUAGAAGACCUGGGGCUGUAUUCUCUAAGAGCGAAAAACUCUCGUGAUAAACUCCCGAAGGCUUUUUGCAGGGAAAAAGUGAGGAAAACUUCACGGGAGCUACUUUUAAAACGCUAAAGCCUCCAGGAGUUUAUCACGGGAGUUUUUCACUAUUAGAGAUUUCAUGUCCUGGUUUAGAUCUGUUACCUAAAUUGCAAAGUGCAAUGGCACUCUCAGAAGGACAUUCACAAGACUGGCAUAAAAGCUCAAACCGGACUCGCUGAACUAGUUUAAAGUUGGUCCUGGUACAUCGCGUUUGAAGUACUGCAGUACAGGUACCUGAGCACUGCAUGAUGCUUCGUCAUCAUUCUUCUUGUGUUUUUUUCCAAAGUCCCUCAAAAUUGUAAACACUGAUGCACUUCUUUCUUCUGUUGUCUUGAGAUAGUUUUAUCGCCAUCUUGCACAUGGGGCAGGUAAUCGUUGCAAAAAAUGAAGACCUACUUACUUCAAUUUUUACUUCUUAGCUAUCAAAAUCUUAUUUAAAGAUGUUCUUCAAAGCGGUGUGCAGCUUAUCUUUAAUAUCAUCCGUUUCAUUCGGUCUUGUACGCUUAGUAUUGGAUUGAGCUGGAGGAACGUGGUCAUCCGAAACUUUUCUCUUUGUGGCAUUGGUAGAGAAUUGAUUUCUCAUCGAUUUCAACGCUUUUUCAAUUAGAGUUUUGUGCCCUUGUGGGAUUUUAAACAAUUCCGGCUUCGAAGUAUAAAUACCAAAGUACUCUUAGUAGGGCGUGCCACAUAUUUUCGUCAAAUCUUCCCGGACACUUUUCUCAAUCUCAUCGUAUGUUUCUGCUUUAUGGUUCGAAAAGAUUGUUGUGAGCUAUACCCACAAAAUUGUAGCACAUUUUUGUGAUGUAAUGUAGAUAGGUGGCGCUAUAGGCAAAACAUGCUAUUCAUUAUAAUAAAGACAGUUUAAGAGUGAACUCUACAAUUUUUGAGGUAUGUUGAAAGUGGAUGCUUCUCAUCCAAUGACGCAAAAAAUUUUUUUGCAUUUUCAUCAGAGCGAUAGUCAUAUGCUGGAUAUAAUUAUAAUAUCAUAAGACUCGCCUGAAAUCUCCAUUUUUUGUAGGACUGCAGUCUGACUUUUAACUCGUGACUAAUAUUAUUAUCACAUGUUGAAUCCCUUUACUAAUAACAAAACCAGAAUUUGGGCCUAAUUCAGCGACCAAGAAACCCUUAAAAUCUUUGAAUUUUGUACUGAAAUUUCAAGAUUUCAAAAGAAUUUCAAGGGUUUCUUGGUAGUUGAAUAAGGCCCUUAAUUUCGUUUUAAUUUUUGUUUUAUUUGAAUAUUUUUCACUAAAACUGAGAGUACACAACAGCUUACGCACAGAAAUAUGCGGAAUACUUGUUUCUUUUGCGUCUUUAUUCGGUUAGUUAUUUGCCCCUCAAUUUUUUUCUAUUUCUUUUUUUCAUUUUUAAACAAUUCCUCUACAAUCAAAUUCUUCUACUUUUCUUCUUCAGUUCUAAAUUAAGUCAAUAGUUAAGCAAACUAAAGCCUCGCACGUGAAUGAACCCUUAGUGCAAUGUGGCAGCUAAAAGAUUAUUAUAUCCCUAAAAUAAUGCAAAGUUGUGUUUAAAUUUUUUUUAUAAAAUAAAUUUAAAACCUCUUCUGUGAAAUUUCACUUCCAUUUUUCAGUUCAUUUUUUAUAUAUAAAAUAAUUACAAAAAAAAAGAGUUUAUCAAUAGAAGAAAAAUAAAUUUAAAAAAAAAUGAAAUAUACAACGUAGUCUGAUUAGGCAUUAUUAACACAUUCAUUGAGUAGUUAUUAAACAAAAAGAAAAAGAAUGAAAAACACUUAGAAUGGAUUUUAGAGAUGAAAAAAAUUAAAAGUUUUAGAUUGAUGAGAUGUAGUUGAUGAGAAAAAUUGAAAAUAAGGAAAAAAUAAAUAAAUAAAAAAUUGCAGAGAAUUAAAACAAGUUGUGUAGCUCCUAAGUCUCGUUAUAAAUUUGCUAAUUCAGUUCCCAUUUGCAUUGAUGAUGGAUAAAAAAACACAAUUAUUAAUAAAUAAAUAAAAUUAUAUAUAAUAUUGUAAUGUUAAAUUGAGAAAUAUUUGUACAAUAAUAGCAAAUAGUGUAAAAUGUAAUUGUAAAUUUUUUGAAUAUAAAUAGUGAUGAAGAGUAUAUAUAGAAUGGAAUUAUGUUUAAAUGAAAUUAAAAAAAAAUAAUUAUAUCCAAUUAUUACUAAAAAAAAAACAAGUUACUGUAGAAAUAUUUUUUUGUUUUUACUUUUUGUUUGUUGUAUCUUUUUUUUGUUAGAGAUAAGUACGAGUGAGCGAGAGAGUGUGGGAUGUUCAAGUGAAGAAGAAGAAAUACCAAAAGCUCUUUUCCUUCCCUCACCCGCUACUUUUAAAUGUAUCUCAAAUUUUUUAAAUGAAAUUUAGUACCAAGAAAAAAAUAAACCAACCUGAAUAAGAAGGUUGGAAUGGCGCGCAAGUUACCAAUUUAGUGGUGGAAUUGUUACACAAUUUUUAUUCGUUGAGCUGUGACGUGUAAGGAGGGCGAAUGACGUGAAUUAUGUUGAAUUUUACGAUCUGUCAAACUUUCUUCUGUCAAUUUGACUGUAAAUUAACUUCUAUCAAAUUUUUAUUGAAGAUUUAAAAAAAAGCUCGUGUCUUUGGUUCUCAUAUAAAACAUUACCAGCUGUCAAAAUUGUAAUAACUGUCAAAAAAAUAACAGUUCUCAAAGAAAGAACAAAUGUCAAAAGAUGAAAACUUUUCAUUUAAAAUAAAGUAUAAAAAGAACUUUAAAAAAAAGACCUAAAACUGUAUAUAUGUCUAACUGACAGUUGUCAAAUAAACGUCAAACGUCAAAAUACAACAUUUUGCACGUCAAAACAUCCCUCAGCAACACAGCAGAAGACCAUGAGAUGUUUAUUGAGUUUCGUAUAGGAAUUAAUUGUGAGAGAAUGUAAUUAAAAAAAAAUAAAAACAAUUGAUACGUAAAACGUGAAAUAUUUUAUAUUAGCAAAAAAUCGUUACCAUUUCGUACCCAUAUUAUUUUUACAACUGCUAAUAAUUUCAUUACCACCCACUGUAGACUAAUGAUCGUUUUUUUUUUGUAUAGUUUUCUUUGAUUUAUUUAGUUUAAUAAUUUUGGGGAUAUUAUUUUUUUCUGCACAAAAAAGGACUUUUGCAAAAUUCUCACGCGACGAAGCGAUGGGGCAGUGUUAAAAUUAAAAGGAAAAAGAAAAGCAUUUUGUGUAAUCUUCUGAGAAUUUCUAAAAAAAAGAAUUAAGAACAAAAACUCACCCAAAAUCCCGCCAAAAUUUUCCGAAAAAUAUUUCUUUGUUUCCUCCACACAGAAGGUUUCCAAAAUAAUGUCCAAAUGUCCGUCCUUUUGCACUGAUUUGUUGAAAUUUUGAUGAGAGAGAAAUUUAUGAGAAUUUGUACAAAAAAAAAUUGUCGCACGAUUUAAAAGAAAAUUAAUAAAAAGAAAAAUAAAUUGAAAGCAAUUUGAAGAUUACACAAAACUGUGAAAGUUUUUACAUCAUUUUCUAGAGAGACAAAAUUUUUUAAAUGUUAUCAAAAAAAUAAAUAGAGAAAACAUUUAAAAACUACAAAACAGAGAACAAUAAGAAACAAGAAUAAAAUCUAAGAGAGAGAGCGAAUGAGAGAAUAUCCAUGUAAUUAAAAUGCUAAAGACGUGCAAGAAACGAGGAAAAAAAUCUAAAUGAAGAGACUCACACCAAUAUUGCUGUUGAGGUGAAUUAAUAAGGAAAAUAAGAAGAAAAUGUUUAUAAUAAAUUACCAUAAAAAUACUAUAAAUUGUAGAGAAAUAAUAAAUUGUGCAAUUAUCGAUGAUUAAAAACAUGUUAAAUGGAUGGCUAAAGAGCACACUACGUUAUUUUUUCUUUUUAAUUUCAUUGAUUUAAAUGGAGAAUUAAAACUCCUGAUAAAAUUGCAAGAAAAGGAAUUCUGUAGGGUCGCUUUGGGGGCUUUGAAAUAAAAAAAAACAACUUCAAAUUAAAACAAUAAAAUGUCUUAUUUUCUCAAUAUUUUGUAAAUAUUUAUUUUGAAAUAUUUUUGAGAAUAUAAAUUUUGAAGAAAUAAUUUCAUUGAAGCUCUGAGAAUAUUAUCCCGCUUUGUGGAUGAAGAUUUUUUUUCUACUAAUCAAAGAAGGGUUUUUAUUUCUAAUGAAAAAGAAAAUUCUUAAAACAAAUCUUUAAAAAAAUCUUCUUUUUGAAGAAGAGAGUUGAAUUUAACUAUUAAGAAUUUAAAAAUUAAAUGGAAGCAUCUGGUUAAAUCGGUUUCAUCCCUUUUAUCUUUCAGAAUUUUUUUAAAUAAGCUUUUUUUUAGAGACAAUUAAGUUAAAUUUAAAAAAAAAAUUAAGAACUUUUUAAGAACAAAAUAGUUAAGAAAGAUAACGUUUUUUUUUUCAAAGGCUUUCUCGGCUGUCUUCCCUGGCUGACUUCCCUUUAGCCGAUUUGAUUUUCGAGCUAUAUAAUUUUUCUUAUCUUAAAUUUUCUUUUAACCUAAUGGAAAUUUUAGCCUAACUUUAUGCUCAAUUUUCAUUGCUAACAAUUUUUUUUCUUUGCCUAACUUGAAGGCGAAUUUUCUACUCUAAAUAAAUUUUUAAAAUCUGACUUGAGGGAUUUGAGCACAAAAAAUGUGAAAAUCCUUCAAACCUAGCAUCUGGUAACAGAGUUAAGACCUCGUAACUAACCCCUGGCGACUUUACAGAAUCCCCCCUCCACCCCUUAUGCCGAAUAAAUACCCAUAAAAUGAAAUAAAUUCCAAAUAAGUAAAAUGCAAAAUCUCUCUCAGAAAGCUUGAGCACAAUUUCCAAAAAAUGUCUUUCACGCAUUAUUGGGGGAGAUUAGCCCAAUAAAUUGAAGAAAAAACUUCAAAAGAUAAAAUAAUGAGAGAGUCUAAUAACACAAUAACGCUUAUAGAGAGAUGGAUGGAUGAAUAUAAAGAGAAAGAGAAAAAAAUAAAUUUUUAAAACAAUUUUUGGAUGAACUUUUAAAGUGCCUGAUAAUGGAUUUUGUAAGCAUUGUCGCUAAACGGCCAAUUUGUUGAUCGUGUGUGUAAAAAAAAAUGUGGAGAAAUUAAAGUGAAGAAAAUAAUAUUUUGUACAAAAUAAAGGUGAAGAAAUGUGGAAAAAUAAUCAAAUGAUUUUUCCUCAAAAAAGCAUUUUCUUGUCUUCAGUGAAUUUUCUUGGCAUCAAAUUGAAAAAAUUAAAGAAAAUUUUCAUUGGAGGUGCUGUGAAGGCAAUUUGAUGGCAUGAAAAUUAUCUUCAGGAAGCACUCUGAGGAUUACUAGAAGAAAUCCUUGAGAGAGACUCCUGCUAAGAGACAAGAAAAUGCAAAAGAAGUGAAGAAAGAUUGCAAAUGGUGCGUAGUAUUUUGAGAAAUUAAUAGAAGAAAAAACAUUCUCAUUAACCUUCCUUAAUAGAAGAUUUAUUCUUUAGCCAAACAUCGCCCUAAGUUGCCACUAAUUUCGGCAUUUUCUUUCCUUAAAAAACCCGCCCGUUUUUUUCUAAUCAAGUUUAGAGAAAGAAAAUCUCUGAUUUGUAUUAAAAAAAAUAUAAAGAAACUUUUAGCUCAACCCAUAUAGCGAAACUAUUUAAGAAAAAACAACAAUUUUAGAACAAAAAAAAAUGUAAUGGAAUUUUCUCUCUUUAGAAGAACAAAGCACUCAAACUACCAGAAAAUGCUUUGUCUGUUUGUCUUAAGAAAAAAAAUGGUAAAUAAAGAAAAUUCAUGAGAAAAAGCUCUGCAAAAAAUUAGUAGCAAAAUAUAGAAGGCAAAAAAAAAUACUAAUUGUAGCAAAAAGGUACCACUAAAAAUAAUUUCAUAAUGAAGAAAAAAAUUAGUAACCAUCAAACAAAGAAAAAACAUUCGCUCUACAUUUAAAGAAAGAACCCCUAUGUACAUGAUUACCUAUAAAAGCUGAAAAUAAAAAGUAAAUUGAUUAAAGAAACUAUAGUUAUAUACUCAGAUACAUAGAGGUUAAUUAACUAAAAGAAAAAAAUUUAAUUCUGGUAGGAAAUACUUUUUUACAAAGAAAAAAAAAAGAUUGGUGGAGUUCUUUUGUACAGAUCAUGGUCAAAAAUAGUGAACCAAUGCUUUGGGAAGCUUUUAAAUUAUCUCUAAAAAUAUUUUGAAAAUUUUUUUUUUUUACCUUUGACUAGGUUUUCUUUAGUAAAAGCUCUAAUAAUCAUUUUCUUGAGAGAAUUCAAUAAAAAAAUUUUUUAAUCAAAAUCAGUCAAGCAGUCCGCUUCUCUGCUAAUUGCUUUUAGUUUUUUUUUUAAAGUAAUUUCCCCCCAAAUGAUUCAUUAUUUUAGACCAAGAUCUGUAUAUUCGUCAUUUUCUUUUCCUCUAUUUUAGAUCAGCAAAAGCACAAAAGCUGUGCUAAAAAAAACAUGAAAAAUGUGCAGUUAAAAGGCAGUUAAGGAGUAAGUUUAAUGUAAAAAGAAUAAGAAGGGACACCCACUGUAAAAUAAAAAAAAAAACAUUAAGUGACUAAUAAUGCGAAGCAUUAAGAAGAACAAGUUGAGUUUUAGUUAAAUUUAAAUGAAGAAAAUGAAUGCAAAAUGAAGUGCUAGGGCGCAUAAAAACACAUUAAUAAGGACUAAUUGAGAAACCUACUUAACAUCGAUGGAUGUUGGCUUUAGCGUUAUCACCGUUAGUGAAUAAAAAUGAAGAAAAAAAAAGAACAUUGCAUAUAAAAAAACGUUACACUCAAAGAACACAUGAAGACACCCACACCACAUUGAAGAAAUACUUUAUGAAUAAAAAAAAAAGAAAAGAAAUACCAUGAUUAAUAUUAAUUAUAUUGAAUAAUAUUAAUUGAAUGAACACACACACAAACAGUAAGAGAUGUGUAAUUUUUGUGAUGAAAUAAAAAUAAACGUUCAAAUUACAGAAGUUUAAAAAAAAA